ACAACAAGUCUCCAAAAUUAACUUUGUUCUUACUUCUAACUUCUAACACUACAUAGCAUUCUCUUCUUCUUAGUACCUCGGUUUCUCCGUAAAGCUGAGAAACUGAGGACUAUAUUCUACACUUACAUUAUGGAUUUUAGUUAUUUGGUUGUGUUGGUGGUUCUAGCUUUUUUCGUUGUCAUCGACAUUGCUUCUGCGGGCAGCCCUCUCAGACAUUGGCACUCUGCUUCAGCUACUUGGUAUGGCAGUCCUAAUGGUGAUGGUAGUGACGGUGGGGCAUGCGGAUACGGGUCCAUGGUGGAUGUAAAACCAUUCAAGGCCAGAGUAGGUGCAGUGAGUUCAGGCCUAUUUAAAAACGGUGAAGGCUGUGGUGCCUGUUAUAAAGUAAAAUGCUUGGACAAAUCAAUUUGCUCGAAACGAGCUGUAACAGUUAUCAUUACUGAUGAAUCACCGCAACUAACUAAAGGCCUAAACCAUUUCGACCUUAGUGGGUCUGCAUUUGGACGCAUGGCUGUUUCGGGACGUAAUGGGAAGCUGCGUAACCGUGGUAAAAUCACCGUCAUUUACCGCAAGACUCCUUGCAAGUAUCCUGGACAGAACAUUGCCUUUCAUGUGAAUGCAGGCUCAACAGCUUAUUGGCUCUCUCUUUUGGUUGAGUUUGAGGAUGGAGAUGGUGAUAUUGGAUCUAUGGAUAUUAGAGAGGCAAGGUCCAAUCAAUGGUUAAAGAUGACACAUCUAUGGGGAGCAAAUUGGUGCAUUAUUGGCGGACCAUUACAAGGGCCAUUCUCAAUCAAGUUAACAACACUAUCAAAAAGAAGAACCCUCUCAGCAAGAGAUGUAAUUCCAAGCAAAUGGACUCCUAAAGCCACUUACACUUCUCGUCUUAACUUCUCAAAAUAGACUUUUGACUCCAUAACAGGAUCACAGGAGCGGAUGCAGUUAAGGACUUACAAAUUUACCGAAUAAGUACAAAUAAUAAAGUUCGUGAUAGUAUUCUAACUCGAAUUAGUAAUAUUCAAUUUCUGAAUUCGCCUCCACUGCGGCAAGGAUUUAGAAAAACUAAAAUACUAAUAGCCUUAUAACAUUGUUACAUAGCUACCUUUGUCGGUUGGGUUUUCAAAAAAAAAAGGAAAAUCAACCUUUGGAUCAGCAAAAUAAGUAUCCGAGGUUCACCCUUUUUUUUUUCUUUUUUUUUCUCUUUUUGUCCUUUCUUGUUGAUGUAACUCUUUUGUAAACUGCUUAUAUAAGGGUGGUUAAUAGUAAGCCCUCUCCAAAGGAGAAUGAGCCACCUUUAUGUAAUUUUUUUUUUUUUUUGGUUGUUGUUGUUGUAAAAGUUGUUUCCUAUGUUUAGUUUUUGGGUUGUAUAUUAGGUGGUGUUAGGUCUUUCUAUGGUUUUAGCUGAGGGAAGGACAAAUAUUAUGUACAUUUACUGUGUGUUUGCUUUAUAUGAAAACAUAUAUAUAAUGAAUGGUGUGGGAACGUUCUGCUA